UUCCUGUUUAAAGUUAACAAUGGAUCUAAAAAAUUGCGAAACCCCAUCAUUUAUACAUUUAUUUUUUAAUAGAUGAGACUUUAUUUUUCAAAUUAUUUUAGUGUCCCAUCUGUGUUUCUUUCAUCAGGAAGAAAACUCACAUACGUUUGAAUAUCUCAUUGAUGAACCUGCCUAUAAAAAAAGAACCAUUCGUAUAUAUGCUGCGCUGCAAGAGGUUGUAGAAAAGAGAGAGAGAGAGAAGAUUGGUAAUUAUGGCGGGUGAUCAUGAUGGUGGAGAAGUGAGGAACAAACAGGUGCUGGCUAGAGACUACAUAGAUGGCAAUCCCAAAGAAUCAGACAUGUACUUGAGCACUGCUACCGUGCGCCUGAAGGUACCAGAGGGCUCAAAUGCAGUUCUGGUGAAGAACCUUUACUUGUCCUGCGAUCCCUACAUGCGAGGCAUCAAGGCAAAAGUCCAAGAUCGCCUUUUUUAUUCCUUUGUCCCUGAUUCACCAAUAGUUGGGUAUGGAGUGGCGAAAGUUUUGGAUUCCGGGCACCCCGAGUUCAAGAAAGGAGACUUGGUUUGGGGGGUAACCAAAUGGGAAGAAUACAGCCUCAUCACAAUGACAGAAAUCCUCUUCAAAAUCCAGCAUACUGAUGUGCCCCUUUCCUUCUAUACUGGACUUCUUGGUAUGCCUGGUAUGACUGCUUAUGCGGGCUUCUAUGAACUUUGUUCUCCUAAGAAAGGAGAAUAUGUCUUUGUCUCAUCAGCAUUUGGCGCAGUUGGUCAGAUCGUUGGGCAAUUUGCUAAACUGAUGGGUUGUUAUGUCGUUGGAAGUGCUGGAAGCAAAGAAAAGGUUGAUCUACUAAAGAACGAGUUUGGAUUCGAUGAGGCUUUCAAUUAUAAGGAAGAGCAUGACUUGGAUGCAGCUCUAAAAAGGUAUUUCCCUCAAGGCAUUGACAUCUACUUUGAGAAUGUUGGAGGCAAAAUGCUUGAUGCAGUGCUUCUCAACAUGAGACUCCGCGGCCGCAUUGCUACAGCCGGAAUGAUCUCACAGUACAAUCUUGAUCAGGGUGAAGGCAUCAGAAAUUUGUUGACGCUUGUAUACAAGCGCGUCCGAAUGGAAGGAUUUACUGUGUAUGAUUACUAUCACCUAUUUCCCAAGUUCUUAGACCUUGUGCUGCCUUACAUAAGGGAAAGGAAAAUAGUGUACGCGGAAGACGUAGCUGAAGGCCUCGAGAGCGGCCCUGCAGCUCUCGUAGGAAUUUUCAGUGGCCGCAAUGUUGGAAAACAAGUAGUUUUUGUUGCUCCCGAGUAGGGCCGUAAUCGAGCCAAACCGAACUGAGUAUUGAAUGUUCAAGUUUGACUCAUUUAAUUUUAUUUCGACGAUAGAAAACAAGUAGUUUUUGUUGUUCCCGAGUCCCGAGUGACCAUUCAGCCUCCAAUUUUGAUGUCUAAUACUAGCAUACCACCAUUAUGGUGGCUCUGUUAUAUAUGUUGAGAUAUAUAUAUGUUGUAGUCUGUGUUACAAACAAUUUUAUUUAUUUUUUUAGCCAUUUUUUUUUCUUUUAA